AUGAUUUCAAAAAACAGCACGAUCGUUCUUAUUUUCACCUUAAUCGCCUUACUCCUUUUUGUUGAUAAUGUCUCAGCUCACGGUCGUAUGUUAGAACCCCAAAUCAGACUUGCUCCCGGUGAUUCAGGUAACGGAUUCACUCUUGCAAAUGGUCCAACCAGAAACGAACCAUGUGCAGGACUUCCACCGGGUGAAAUAUUAACUACUUACAGAACUGGACAAACCGCCACUAUUCAAUGGACAAUUACUGCUGCUCAUCGUGGUACUUGUUAUAUUCAACUUUCCACCACCGGAGCAGAUUCCGAUUUUAGAGAUCUUCAAGUUCUCCCAAAUUGCGCUGAUUCUACUGGUACAUUUACAACUACGGUUACAUUACCUGCGACUAGUUGCGCUAGAGGUACCCUCCGCUUUAAAUGGGAAGCUUUACUUACCAAAGAAUUAUAUUUAAAUUGUGCUGAUAUUAGCAUAGCAAGAAAUAAUAAAAAGAGACUUAGUGCAGUAAGCUUUUAA